GUACCGGAUGAAACGUUUUGUUUCAUGUAAACUUAUUGUGUGAGAUUUUUCUUUAUUUUUGUUGGGUGUUUGUUCUGAUUUUUGAAAUUUAAUUCGUAUUUUAUUUCAUGAUAUAUUUUCUCCAUCAUCACUGCUCACUGCAGCCUAAUUCAUCCGCACCAGAACCGGCACCAGCCGCAUCAUGGUUCUGUCCGUGGUGAACAAACUCAAAGUCUUCCAGCUGGUCUUCUCGGAUCCUGGCAAGACCUUCUACAGCAGUGGGGACAAAGUGUCCGCCUUCGUGCAGCUGGAGGCGGCUCAGCCGUGCACGGUGACCGCCCUCAGGGUCUCCGCCGCCGGCUGCGCACACGUGGACCACCGCAGCGGGAAGAACCGCAAGAACCGCAGCCAGGAGGUGGAGUACCUGAAGUAUGAGGAGGAGCUGAGACUGGACGAGGUGCUCACUAAAGACUCAGACGACUGCUUCCUGCUGCAGCCUGGUAAAACCUACGGUUUCCGGUUCGGCUUCGAGCUGCCUGCAGCAGGGCGUCUGGUGUCGUCCUACAGAGGAAAGUUCGGUUACGUCCGUUACUACGUGCGGGCGGUGCUGGACAGGCCUUCCCAGCAUGCUUUGCAGUGUGAGACGGAGUUUGAGGUGGAGGAGCCGCUGGAUGUCAACCAACCUGACCUGCUGGCUCCGGCUGCCGCCACCAGACAGAAGAAGGUCACCUGUAUGUUCAUCCCUGACGGUCAGGUGUCCAUCAGUGCUCAGAUCGACAGGAAGGGAUUCUGUGAGGGAGAAGAAAUCAACAUCAACGCCAAGUUUGAGAACACGUGCUCACGUAUCGUAGUGCCGAAGGCCGCCAUCAUCGCCAAACACUCGUACAUGGCAGAUGGCCACACCAAGGUACUGCGUCAGAAACUGUCAGCGGUCCGAGGAAACCACAUCAUCUCCGGGAUGUGCGACAUGUGGCAGGGAAAGACCAUCAGAGUCCCCAAACUGAAGCCGUCCCUGCUCGGCUGUGACAUCAUCAAGGUGGACUACGCCCUCAUGAUCUACCUGCACAUCCCCGGCAGCGAGAAGCUGACCCUGGAGCUGCCUCUGAUCAUCGGCACGAUCCCCUUCAGCGGCGUGGGCAGCAGGACCAGCAGCAUGAGCAGUCAGGCCGGGUCCCUGAGCAGCUGGUCCUCCUUCCCGUCAGCCCCGCCCAGCUACAGUAACAUUCACAGAAACCUGAGAGUGGACGGCCCCCGCACGCCGCUGCUCCACGACUAUGAUGGCGUGGAGAACGAGGACGAAGAGGGCGGGCUCUUCAUGAGAGCACCUGAACUGUACUACCCCCCUCCCCCUGCGUACAGCGAGGUGGAUCAGGGCGCCAUGAACCCUCCUCAGGUUGUUCAGGUCUUCUGAGGGCGACUUCCUGUCUGAGCUUCCUGACGAUGACUCAGCAUGUUCUGGUUGUUAAGUGUUUUUUGUACAUGUGUUGUUAAUCAGUCAGAUGGUUGUUCUUUUCUCACCGUAGUGACAGUGAGUUCCUCUUGUACAUAUCGUGUAAAUAGGAUCAGAUGUUUAUUUUUAUACUGAAAACAAUAAAUCAGGUAAACUCCA